AUGAUGUUUCGUCUCAACGGAGUUGCGGCCGUUGCCGCCCUAUGCCUCAGUCCCCUAGCCUUCGGUGUUCCCACGCCUGAAGACGCGAGUUCGCCACCCAACGACAUUCUGCCACUUAUUGGCUUCGAUGCUACUCCAGUUCCUUCUCUGAAAGCCAGAGGAAGCCCCGAAAUUGUUCCUGAAGUUGUCAGUGUCAGCCUCUCCGAGCUCCAAGACAGCAACAUCACCGAGUUUGCCCCGCCUUUCCCUGGGCCUAGCGAGUCCUCUAAGCGUGGUAUCAUUGGCCCAGACAACCGGGUGCUUUGGACGAAUAAAGAAUAUCCCUACCGUGCCAUGGGAAGGAUUGAGUUCUCCAACGGUCUUUGGUGCAGUGGUGCUCUAAUCGGUUCACGUCACGUGGCAACCGCUCGCCACUGCAUCCCCGCAAGCGGCGUGAGUGCCCGCUUCCAGCCUGCCUACGACAACGGUGAGCCAUACGGAGGCUAUCCUGUUUCUCUCAUUGUCCAUGCCGAAUAUGGCCAGACCGGAUGGUGCGCUAAUGCCUAUGAUUGGGCUAUUUUCGUCCUUGCUGAGAAGGCCGGCACGGCCAACGGUUGGCUCGGACUGAAGAUUGUAAACCCGGACAACCAACUGAACCGCGCCAUGUUCUUCCAUUAUGGAUACCCUCAGGACAAGGGCGGCAGGAGGCCUUACCGCCAGGAGGGUAUCACCGCUUCUGCUGCGACAGGGUGCGACAGAGGAUCACCCGUCGUUACUGAUACCGAUUCUAUUGGUGGCCAGUCGGGUGGUCCUUUCUGGAUUAACGAGAACGGAAACCGCUACCUCUACGGCAUUCACGUUGGAGGUAGCGACACUUUGGGCGUCGUCGCAGGAGGCCAAUCGUUCCUCAACGCCUAUGGAAACUUGCUGAAAGACUACCCGAACUAA